CAGGGAACCACGUCGCUGACCGACUUCAAAGAUCCCAGGAGCCGAAACGACUGGGGAAAAGGUCAUGCCAUCGCCCCGACGAUGAUCACCACCGCCAAUGCACCGGUCUGCCCUCCCGAGGUCCGGGAGCUGCCGGGCCCCCGCAGCGGCUUCGGCGCCCACAUCCACCGCCAUCCUGACAACCACGAUAAGCGCUUCUUCAACACGACUCACGGCGAGUUCUAUGGGGAGGGCAGCCGCCAGAAGGUGACCCGGGACGCUUACUCCAUCCCCCACGCCGCGGGGCUCAGCGCGGAGCACACCGAGGGCCGGGUGAACGGCAUGAAGGUGGGCAUGCUUUGCGGCGAGGCGUACAAUGACUCUUCCAACCCCGGCUCCAACACAAGGACGCAGCGGAGUUGGCUGUACCAGGGAGACCCGGCGCUGAAGAACCUCCACCACGCCGGCAAGAAGCCCAGCUUGCCCUCCUUCGACACGGAGCUGUCCCUGCCCUUGGGCGAGGGCGCCAUGUCCAAAGUCCGGGCGGACCUCAAGGCGAGGCAAGGCCGUCUCUACCGAGUGGCGACCCACAUCACCAAGGGCAACCACAAGAGGCCGGGCAUCUCCAUCUUUCAGGAUGACGUGAUUGAGACGAGUCAGAGCUGACCCGUUUGACAAGAGAAAGACACACCAACUUGGACAAUUCGAAAGGACUCCUAGCUUCUUCUUGCUUUUUUGUUUCAUUUCAUUUCGAAUCUCCAGUUCCAGCUUCAACCAGCCUCAACUUAGGCUGUUGAAGUUGCCCCACCCAGAGGAGUGUGCGGGCAAACGGGCGAAUCAUUCCGCCGCCUUCCGCUCGCCCGAUAGCCGGCUGUCAAACAGCCGCGACUUGACUCAGGAAGGUUAGAGGUGCCUGCGGGCUGCUCAUCCACCUGCGCAGCAAAC